AUGGUGGAAGCAGCUAUGGCGAUGAGGCAGCGAAAGAUGAAGCAGGAGCGGGUGGCCGAGCCGACCACGAUCCGCAAACUUGUUCGCGUCUUCUGGGACGACCGUGACGCCACGGACUCCUCCGGCGACGAGGCUGGCGCCGGCGCCGGUACCGCGGCGCGGGGAGUGCGCAAGUUUGUCAGGGAGAUCCGCGUUGUGGAGCAUCGAGCGCCUUGCAAGGUCAUCACGCCGGCCCCGGCGCCCGCCGGGAGAGUUGCUGCCGGCGGUGGCAAGAGGAAAGCGCCGGGGGUUCCGGCGGCGGAGCCGAGGUACAGGGGCGUGCGGAAGCGGCCGUGGGGGAAGUACGCGGCGGAGAUCCGCGACCCGUACAAGGGCGAGCGGAUUUGGCUGGGCACGUUCGACACCGCCGAGGACGCCGCCAGAAAGUACGACAGCGAGGCCCGCCGCCUCCGCGGGCCAUCGGCGACGACCAACUUCCCGGAAGCCCCGCCAACGCCGGUCCUCGCGCGACCGUCGCCCCACGCCAUUCCCGCGGCGCGCUUCGGCGCGGCCGACAUCUCCUCCGCCGAGGAGUCCAGCGACGAGUCCCAGCUUGUGGGCUCGCCGGUCUCCGUCCUCCUCCGCGCAAUGCCGGGGGAGACGGACGACGCAGCGGGCCCUCCGGCGCUGAAGCCCACGACGGACGCCGCCGAUCCCACCGCCGAAGACGAGACCUCCCCGAUCUCUGCCGACGCGCUCCUGCCGCAGCUCGACGAGGAGGCGUUCCCGUUCGCCGGCAUCAUCACCGCCCCGUUCGGCGACCCGACCCUGGGCGUCAUGUUCGAGGACCUCGCCGCGCCGCGGCUCGACCACCUCGCCGACGACGACCUCGGCGACCUCCCGCUGUGGCCGGGCGCGGACGGCUGCCGCUUCAGCGACAUCGGCGACGGCGACUUCUUCGCCGCCGAAUGA